AUGGAAACAGAACCAAGUGACCAAAGUUUGGAACUUCUAAACGAUCCGACUAUAAAAGAAGUCACAAGAGAAGCCUUUGUAACAGUUUCGUCAUCAAGAAUUGGGUAUGGUCUAAGUAACAUUUUCGACAAUGAUAAAACCACAUUUUGGCAGAGCAAUGGAAACGUCCCACACACCAUCACUUUUUUAUUCGACGAAAUCAAAAAUUUUGCUUUUGUUCGGGUGUACAUAUCACAUUCCCAAGACGAGACCUACACGCCGACAAAACUCAUAUUAAAAAUUGGUGUUUCGAUGUAUGACAUGAUCGACAAUGUGUGGUUUGAAUCUGAAAAUCCUGAAGGGUGGUGUUACCUAACUCGGAAUCCCAAAGUGAAGUGUCGAGGGUCAUGUCUUCAAUUGGUUAUAACAGAAAAUAGUAACGGUGGAAGAGAUUCACACAUCAGACAAAUAGAAGUCUACGCCUUCGAUGAGUCAAAUCUGUUUUCCAUUAAGUCAAAUGCUUUUUCUUGUUGUGCCUUAUAA